AUGGGAGGUAAAGCUUAUCCUUUCUUAGGGCAGCUCCACCCGUUGUCAAACUUUUUCUAUGCUCCACUGGUAUGGAAAAACUUAUCCUUUGAUUGUGUAGAGCAGGCGUAUGUGUGGGAAAAAGCUAACUUCUUCGGUGAUAUUGUUAAUGCUAACAAGGUAAAGUCGUUAAAACAUUUGGGUGGGGGGUGUAACAAUAAAAUGCCUUCUGGCAUAAAAAAGAAAGUUCAUCCAAGGAAUUAUAAAUGGAUUGGCAAAGAAGUAGUGGGGGAUUUAAAAAUACAAAAAGAGUGGUCUAAGGUAAAAGAGAAGCUUAUUGAGGAGAUAGCAUUCGAAAAGUAUAACCAGAAUGCGGAACUAAAGCGUCUCCUCUUGAGUACAGGUGAAGGGUGGAUAUUAGAGGCCAAUCCAAGAGAUAGUGAGUGGGGAGUUGGGUAUGGUAUGAGUGAUCCUAUUCUGGAGCAGUUCACGCCUGAAUCGGAGAAAUUCGGAACAAAUAAAAUGGGUAAAAUAUUAAUGAAAAUCCGGGCAAGGUUAAGUCAGGUGGAACUCCCAGAGUAUGAGGAUAUGGACAUAGAGUCGGUGUCAUCUGACACAGAGACGAGCGAAAUUGAAGUGCCUUCUGGCAUAAACAAAAGUGUCGAGUAUGAAGUGCCUUCUGGCACAAAAAUGAAAAAUAUUUUACAGUCGUCGGGUCGUGAAGUGGAAUCUUCAGGGGUCUCAGAAUGGGUUAAUAAAGAUAGUGGUUGGGACCAGCCUUCGAGCUCUCAGCAGUCGGAGCGAAUAAAUCCUGAAGACCUCCCAGAUGAGGCAAGAAUUACGUCUUCAACACCGGAACCGGCUCGUGAUGAUGAAGCUGUAUUAGGAAAAGGUCCAUUAAGGUACAUGAUCGCCAGAGCCAAAGAUGGAGAGUUGAUUGGUGCGAGAAUAUCAGGAAAAGGUCCGUUCUUCACAAAAAUUCCUGAAAAUUUGGUGGAAGGGGGACACCGAAAAUUACAGUUGGGGGAUCUUGUUGAGGUAAAUUCGCGGCAAAUGGACCGAAUGAUCCAGCGGCCCAAGGGCGUUAUCCCCCGUGGUUAUUUUCAGGUACAAUAAACUACCAGGCCACCGCGACGUCGGCAACAGUUGAAUUAGUCAGAGAAGCCCCAACUUGGCUACCAGCCUUAGUAGUCUCGGUAAACAUUAACAGAGCAAGAGGUACCUUUAAAUCGGCGGAGCUAAUGGCACCGGAUAUGCUUCGUAGCCAGGUAAUCAAUUCCAGACAACUCACAAACAUUCACCAUGAAGACCUGAGAACCGGUCACUUUAUCGAGGUAAAUUUGUGUGCAAUUAAUUCCCCGCAGAUAUGGAGAAUGGGUUCCU